AUGAACCUUAUAACAAUAUUUAUUAUUACUACUUUAAUUUCAACAAUCCUUAUUCUAAUUAGCUUCUGACUCCCGCAAAUACUACCAGACAUAGAAAAACUCUCCCCAUACGAAUGUGGGUUUGACCCAUUGGGCUCUGCACGACUCCCUUUCUCUAUUCGAUUUUUUUUAGUAGCCAUUUUAUUUCUUCUUUUCGACCUAGAAAUUGCCCUCCUGCUCCCAACCCCCUGAGCAACAAACCUUCCUUACCCUAUAGUAACUGUCUCAUGGGUAUACACAAUUAUUACCCUUUUAACCCUAGGCCUCAUCUAUGAAUGAACACAGGGCGGUCUAGAUUGAGCCGAAU